AUGUCAGAAGAAGCAAAUCACACUGUGGCUCGAGCAGAAGCAAAUGCAAACCAAGCAACAGCUGAUGAAAAUGUUCGAGAACUUCGAAAAGAAGAAGAAGAGGAAGUUAACGAUGAUAGUGAUGAUGAAGUUGUAGCUACAACAGGUAAACCAGAACGUCCAAUAGCAAUAUCAAAACCCAAUACAGAUGAUAAAGAUGAUAAAGUUAAAAAAGAACCACCCGAAAUGAAUAUUCAACUACAACAUUAA